UAUUUGCUAAAUCAAGUAAUGUAUCGUGAAAGUAUUAUUCAUACUUUAUUGCGCUGUAGUGUGUAAAUGAUGUAUACUCAGUAAAUAAUUAAUAAACUCGUGUGAUUAAUACAAUGCAUCGGUGACGGUGUUUAAUAACGUUUCGUAAUAUUAUUUAUAUUUUCAUGGGUUGUGCUGUGUCCGGUGUUCAGAGAGCAACGAUGUCGUUGUUAAAUAACAAUACCAACGACGCGCGAGCUAAAUUGGAGCGGAAAUUGUACUUGGCUAAGGAGUCACCUGAGCCAGACUUUGAUCUAUCUGAUUGUGAGCUACGACAUUUACCGUCUGGUAUAUUUUCCAUUUGUAAAGUGUUCAGAAAAGAUAAUCUAUAUUUACAAAAUAACUACUUGCGAACAUUAGACCAUGGAGGUUUAUUAUCUGAUCUACACCUCAUUAAGAUUAUUGAUUUGAGCUACAAUAGGUUUAACCAUUUGUCUAAUGAUAUAAGAUACUUAGUUAACCUCACUGAACUACAUAUUCAACAUAAUAUGCUGAAGGCAAUCCCAGAUGGUAUUAAGUAUUUGGAAAGUUUAAGAAUAUUAGAUGUUUCAAAUAAUAAAUUAACCAAUUUGACACCUUCAAUAGGUAGUUUAAAGGCUUUAAAUUAUUUAAACAUAUGUCAGAAUGAGGACUUGACUGAAUUAUGUCCGGAGGUAUGUUUAGCUCGGAAUUUAAGACAAAUAGAUCUUGAUGGAAAUCAAUUUACAUUCCCUCCUAUAGAAAUAACAUGCAAAGGCAUCAAAGCAAUAAUGAUGUUUUUAUGUGAAUCAAUAAAUAUAGAGUAUAUACCUCCUUCAGUAACAGAGACUAAUGAUUUACAAGAACGGGAAAUAAAUAAAAGUCACAAUCCUUUUAUAAGGCAAAAUACUGUAACAUGGGAGGAGCAAGAGGCUGCUAUUAUUGAACAAGAGAGAAAGAUACACAAGGCGAAUCAGGAACAGAGAGACAAGUUUCUCUCAGAGAUUAUUCGGGAACAAAUAAACUUAGACACAGAAAUAGCUAAAGUACAUGAAGGUAGAGAAGUUGAAAGGCAGAGAUUAAUAAAGGCCAUACAAGAUAAUGAAAAAGAUAUUGAUAUAACAGUAAAGAACUUCAUUCAAUCGGAUGGUCUUAAGCCAGAAGUGAUACAACAACAAUUGGCCUAUGAAAAAGCUGAGCAUGAUAGGCUGCUUGAAUUAACUAGACAGAACUAUGAUAACAUAAAAAAAUCAGAAGUAUUACAGGCAAUGGAAAAUCUUAUGAAUGAUGAAAAUUCAGUUCAAUACUUUUUGAAAGAUUAUAAAGAUAAUUUAAAUAAUAUCAAAGAAAAUAUACUGAUACAAGAAUCAGAAAGUAAUUCAAAAUUAUCAGAAUUUUUAAAUGCUAAAGAUAACUCUCGAACAGUUUUAGUUCAACAGCUUUUGGAAGAUGAGGAUGUUCAAAAAGCACUUGUCACAUCAUUACUGGAAAAAGUUGAUGCAAAGACUUGGAGUUUGAAUGAAGAAAUAUCAUUAAUUUCUUCACAUCUUGCUAAACUAAGUGUUAUUGAACAAGAGAAGAAAAAAUUACACAUUGCCUACAAUUACAAUGAAUUACUACAACAAAGGAUGCAGCUUGUUAAUUUAUUAGAUGAUUUGUUUGACCAAAGAAAGAAACGUAGGAAGCAACUUAUUGAAACUAUAAAGGAGGUUGAGAUUGAAAACAAUAGCAGUAAAGAUUUCUGGUUGAAAAACUAUCAGAAGUUAAUUGAUUCAGCACCCAAAAACUUGCUAAAUGUAAGCAAACAUUUGGACCCAAUGUUAGCAAAUUACCUUUUACAAGAAGGUGUAAUACAUUGCUUACCAUUUUUAGUCAAGUUUUUAUUUUCUGGUGAUUCUUUAGCAAACAUUACUCCAGAAAAGUUGAAAGAAAGUGGUGUGACACUUUCAGUAGAUAGAGAUGGAAUAUUAAGAGCCAUAAAUCUGUAUAUUGAUGAUAAACUGUCAAAUAGCAACCAAGAAUUAUUGAUCAGGGAUAUAGACAAUUUCCAACCUACUGCUCCUUUGGAGGAUAAUGUUGAGGACCAAGCAUGUUUGGGAGUAUUGACUGUGAAAGAAGAACAAAAUGAAUUGGAAGGUGAAUGUGUUAUAUGUAUGGAUGCUAGAUCACAGAUAGUUUUUGUACCUUGUGGCCAUAUGUGUUGUUGCGAAAGAUGUUCUAUUACUGAUAUUGAUUUGUGUCCUAUGUGUAGGACAGGGGUGGAAAGAAAAAUUAAAGUUUUGAUAGCAUGAUUUGUGAAUUCAGUUACAAAUACAGUUGAAGCUGGAUAAAUGAUAAACCUCUAUAGGUUUAUAGAAGCGUGAGUCAUUGGUGUAGUGAGACAACCUCCAUAAGCGAGACACUCGGGUUAGUGAGAAACCUCUAUAAAUUAGAAAAAUAUUGC